AAACUGCCUUCUGUCCGCAACGUGUCGAACCGUAGCCGGCCGGGCUAAAACCCGUCGUCGCACAGACGGAGUCCUUCUUCAAGCCAAAGGAAGCCCUACGGAAGGAGAGAGAGAGAGAGAGAGUGGCUCUUAUCUGAGAAUUUCCUUAUCUCGAGAACGCCGGGCGGAAUUAUACCGGAAACUCUCGAAUUCCACUGCUUCUUUUUCUGUACGACAAAUUAAAUUUCGCAGCGCGGAUGGGUACCGCUAUCGUCGGCUCGAAGGGCCGUUAGAGGCAUUUAUUCGAUCCGCUAGCGUGGAAACAUAGCCCGUGCCCGAUGAGUAUUCGAUGGACGUGCGGCCGUAUGGUGAAGCAGAGGAGAUUUAUCGGGAAUACCAACAACAAAAUGAUCAAUAUACGGGAACCCUUGUAGAUGUCUCUUAGAGGGAUAAUUUAAUACGCACGAGGCGAAUGUGAGAAACGUUGUUUCUCAGUAAAUUAGGUGCGAAAGCUGAGUCCUGUACGAGAUUUAACCGGAAUUUCAGUCGGCGGCAUUGCCAUUCGCAUUGCCCGGAUGCGCGAGAAGCGUCGUCGCGCGUUAUAAAAAGAGUUUGCAGAUACGUCAACGGGUGACGAAGCAUUUUGCCAGGUCCCCCCGCUCGUCUCUCCUGGUGGACGAGCGCCAAAUCCGUCGCGCACGGAUCUAGAUGUGAUCGCAUUUGUGAUUCGAUUACCUUUCUCGCAUUUUAUCGAGAUUUACAGAGAUUUUUUUACUUUCUUAUUACGAUUUUUAGACGCUGUAUCGCUUUAUAUUACGGAGGUGGAAGGCGCAGAGUCAAAAUAAUAAUCGAGAGUAUUAACCAUAGUAUUCAUUAUCACGUUCAUGCAACUCUCGCAGCAUUGAUACAGAGGGAGAGACUAAACGGAUUUGUAUAUCCGCAAUCUCGCGAGGGAACACGUGUGUGGUCGGACUCUGCAGUACAGCAGAAAAAAAAGGGCGAACGACGUCUGUUUCAACUCGGCGAAGCCCGAAUUUUCGACCCCCCCCCUCAUGUGUGCCGUGCCCGGCAGAGUUUUCGUCAUAAUGAGUCGUUAAUUAAGAAUGCACAAUGACGCAGCGAAUUUAUCCUCUGUCGACGAGUCCCCGCGAGGGGUCGCCGGAUAUGCAAAUGGAGACGUUCAGAGAAAAUCACUCCCCCCACCAGGGAAGAAUCCUAUCAAGGUACACGCGACAAGACGUGGAGAAGGAUAAACACGAAGCCGAAUACAUGCUACGAGAAAAUGGCAAAGCAAUGGAAUUUAUGUCAUCGCAAACGAAGAAGGAGGAGGAGGAUAAGCCAGCCUCGGAGUCGCCAUCGCUGGUACCAGUGCCUUACUACAAACUGUUUCGAUUUGCGACGUGGGGCGAGUUGAUACUGGUCUUCUUAGGCCUGAUAUUGGGUGGCCUCGACGGCCUGUGCAUUCCGAUUGUAAUUAUCGAAUACGGUGAAUUCAGCACUAUGCUACUGGAUCGUACCAGGGAGAACGAUACGUCCACACCGACCGUCAUAUUGCCAUGGUUCGGGGGUGGGAAGAUUUUAUAUCCUAAUGCAACUUUCGAAGAAAGGAUGGACGCUCUUUACGACGAUUCGGUGGCCUUUGGCGUCGCCUGCGCGGCGACAGCGGCGGUCAUGUUUGUCAUCAGCAUGCUCAUGGUAGACUUGCUCAACAUAGCAGCCGCCAGACAAAUCUCCCGAGUGCGCAAGAUGUUCCUGAAAGCCGUGCUGAGGCAGGACAUGUCGUGGUACGACACGAACACGUCGACAAAUUUCGCCAGUAGAAUCAACGAGGAUUUGGAGAAACUGAAGGAUGGCAUAGGAGAAAAGCUGAGUAUAAUAACCUAUCUAAUCACGUCGUUCGUCGCUUCCGUCGUCAUCUCGUUCGUAUACGGUUGGAAGCUGACCCUGGUCAUGCUAAGCUGCACGCCGGUCAUAAUAAUCGCCACGGCGGUUGUCGCCAAGGUGCAGAGCUCUCUCUCGGCCCACGAGCUGGCGGCUUACGGUCAGGCCGGUAACGUCGCCGAGGAGGUCCUCGCCGCUAUCAGGACCGUGGUAGCCUUUAACGGCGAGCAGAAGGAGGUGGAGAGGUACUCGGAGAAACUCGGACCCGCGGAGAAGACUGGCAUCAGAAGGGGCAUGUGGUCCGGGAUCGGCGGUGGCGUCAUGUGGCUCAUCAUAUAUCUCAGCUACGCGCUGGCAUUCUGGUACGGCGUGCAAUUAAUCCUGGACGACCGCCCGAAGGAGGUGAAAGAAUACACUCCUGCCGUCAUGGUAAUUGUGUUCUUCGGCGUGUUGAGCGGCGCCCAAAAUAUGGGCCUCACCUCACCUCAUCUCGAGGCGUUCGCGAUGGCGCGCGGCUCGGCGGCCGCGGUCUUCAGAGUUAUCGACCGCGUACCGUCGAUCGACAGCCUCAGCAAGGAGGGCCGACGGCUGGACACCGUCAAUGGCGAGAUCGAGUUCAGGAACGUCAAAUUCCGCUACCCGGCGAGGAAGGACGUCCAGGUGCUCGACGCGCUCAAUCUGCAGAUCAAUCGCGGCGAAACGGUGGCUCUCGUAGGCGAGUCCGGAUGUGGUAAAUCGACCUGUUUGCAGCUAGUUCAACGGCUCUACGAUCCCCUGGACGGGCAGGUCCUGCUGGACGGGGUCGACGUGUCGACGUUGAACGUUCAAUGGCUGCGCUCGCACAUCGGCGUGGUCGGCCAGGAGCCGGUGCUCUUUGACACAACGAUACGCGAGAACAUCCGCUACGGAAAUGACAGCAUUACCGAGGAGGAGAUGAUCAAAGCCGCGAAGGAAGCGAACGCUCACGACUUCAUCAGCAAACUGCCGGAGGGUUACGACAGUCCGGUUGGCGAGAGAGGCUCGCAGAUGUCGGGCGGACAGAAGCAGAGAAUCGCCAUCGCACGCGCGCUGGCGAGGAACCCGGCGAUUCUGCUGCUGGAUGAAGCUACUUCAGCCUUGGACGUCCACAGCGAGGCGAUCGUGCAGAGGGCCCUCGACGCGGCGGCAAAGGGAAGAACGACGAUUAUAGUCAGCCACAGACUUUCUACCAUCAGGGACGUCGACAGGAUCGUGUGUAUCAAGGACGGGGUCGUCGUCGAGCAGGGGACCCACGAGGAAUUGAUGGCGCUUAAGAAGCACUAUUACGGACUGCAGUCCGCCCACGCGGAGACCGCGACUAAAGAUAAAGAUAAGGUCACGAAGGUUGCCAGGACCAUGUCGACUCCGAAAAUGAAGAAGAAACCGACAUUGAAUCAACAGUUCUCAACGUUAUCCGCGCACUCCCAUCGACUCUCUCUCGCGAGGUCUGAUUCAUCGGUAGAAAUCUUGGAAGAGAAACCUUACGACGCGCCUAUGAUGAGAAUAUUUGGACUGAAUAGACCGGAAUGGCUAUUAAAUUUGAUCGGAAGUCUCGCGGCAGCGUUGGUAGGCGCCUCUUUCCCAGCUUUCGCUAUACUGUUUGGUGACAUUUACAAGAUACUGAAUUAUCCCGAUCCCGACGAGGUUAUGAAGGAGACCAUCUAUCUCUCGAUCCUCUUCAUCGUCGUCGGCGUGCUCACAGGUCUCGGCACGUACCUGCAGAUGCACAUGUUCGGCCUGUCCGGCGUGCGUAUGACGACGCGAAUAAGGCGGAUGGCGUUCACCGCGAUGCUGAAGCAGGAGAUGGGCUGGUACGACGAGGACAACAACAGCGUGGGCGCGCUCUGCGCGAGGCUGUCGUCGGACGCCGCGGCGGUCCAGGGCGCGACCGGGACGCGCGUCGGCUCCAUGCUCCAGGCCUUCUCGACCCUCGUGAUCGGCAUCGGACUGUCCCUGUCCUACACGUGGAAGAUGACGCUGGUCUCGGUGGUGUCGAUCCCGCUGGUGCUCGCCUCGGUGUUCUUCGAGGCGCGCGUCAUGGGCGGCCAGGGGAUGCAGGAGAAGAAGAAGAUGGAGGCGGCCACCCGGGUGGCCGUCGAGGCGAUAACCAACAUACGUACGGUCGCGAGUCUCAAUAAGGAGGACGUCUUCUUCAAGCGGUACUGCGUGGAACUGGACCACGUCGCCCGGGCGACCAGAACCAGGAACAGGCUGAGGGGAUUGGUGUACUCGUGCGGCCAGACCGUUCCGAUGUUCAGUUACGCCAUAAGCCUUUAUUACGGCGGUUACCUGGUGGCCCAGGAGGGACUGAGCUACGAGAUGGUCAUUAAGGUGUCGGAGGCGUUGAUCUUCGGUUCGUGGAUGCUCGGUCAGGCACUAGCGUUCGCGCCGAACUUCCAUACGGCCAAGAUAUCGGCCGGCAGAAUCUUCAUGUUACUUGACAGAGUUCCGGAAAUCACCUCGCCACCGGGAUCGGAGGGAAAGGAUUUGGAUUGGAAAGCGGACGGCUUGAUACGGUACUCGAAGCUCAACUUCAAUUAUCCGACGCGGCCGGAGAUGACAGUGCUCAAAAAUUUUGAUCUGAUCGUGAAACCGGGCCAGAUGGUGGCUCUAGUCGGCCAGAGCGGGUGCGGCAAGUCCACAUGCAUACAGGUCUUGCAGAGGCUCUACGAUCCGAUUUCUGGCACCGUAACACUGGACCGGCGUGACAUCGCCUCGGUUUCGCUGGCCACCCUCAGAUCGCAGCUCGGUGUCGUCGGGCAAGAACCCGUGCUCUUCGACCGAACGAUCGCGGAGAACGUCGCGUACGGCGACAACAGCCGACAAGCGUCCAUGGACGAGAUUAUUGAGGCCGCCAAAAACGCCAACAUACACACAUUCGUCACCUCGUUACCGCUGGGUUACGACACGCGACUGGGAUCAAAAGGCACUCAGCUUAGCGGCGGGCAGAAGCAACGAAUAGCUAUCGCACGAGCUCUAUUGAGGAAUCCACGAGUUUUACUUCUGGACGAAGCCACGUCAGCCCUCGAUUCUCAAAGCGAGCAGGUCGUGCAGGCGGCCCUGGACAAGGCCAUGCAGGGCAGAACGUGUAUCACCAUAGCCCACCGUCUGGCUACUAUAAGGAACGCCGACGUGAUCUGCGUGCUCGAUCGGGGCAACAUCGCCGAGAUGGGCACCCACGACGACCUGAUGGCGAGCGGUGGUCUCUACGCUCACUUGCACACUCUCCAGCAGUCCUCUGUAGAGCAAUAGAGGAGCGCGAGAGUCAGGCGGAUCGGAAUCCUUCGCGCUUUCAUUCAUCGCGCGAGGCGUCUUGGAGGCGCGAGGACCGACUCGAGGGGGACGGUCGAGAGGCGGUGUGAAGCGGAGGAGAGCCAAACCGCACAGAGUGGGAUCUCGAGUGGCCGCAAUCGCCGUCAAUCGAGACGUCGAAGAACAGAAGCGACAGCCGACGUCCAGAGGACGCGCCAGGAAGACGGAAGACUGUUCCUGUAGGUUUACGGAGCAUUCGACUUAUUCGCCGUGCCGACUCGGCAGCGAACACGACGACUGGCAGCACCGCGUUCGCGGCUUAAGAUCCACCACCAAUCGAAAACCAAUCGAGUUACUUAUUUUCGGCGGAAACUUGAUCGCGAAUCAAAAUUCGAAGUUGUAUCGACGUUCUUGGAUCUAUAAUUUUCAGUCAGUGAGACAUGUUAUGUUUAUAAUAACUCCAUGAACUUAUUAUUCCGCAGUUAUCUUUUUGCGCGACACGAGUUUAAUUACGGCAGUUAUACCAUCGCGAUUUUCUUACGAAUACGAAAUUUGCAUGUGCUGCAUAUUUUGAUAGACGUUUCAUUAAGUUCGCACGUCCUGAAUGAGUAGCUGUAACUAAUGAAGGCUGACGAAGCGAAUGCGAUGAAUAUUUACCCUCUCUUUUCCUCUCUAUUCCCUAUAUUCCGUAUCAUUCGCGCUUAUUUCUCCUUUGAUAUUUUUAUACAGAAUAUUUCUGCGGCUGAUAGACUUAAGUCCCCCGUCAAAGAUCUUUUACUGGAGGACGUCGCUUCUGCUGGCACGUUACUUCAUUAGGCUUUGUAACCCCGCGCAUCCAUCCUCCUAGACGGCGAAAUGCGUCUCGCGCGGCAUUAUCCGUAAUGGCAGCCGGCGUAAUAGACUUUACCAUUCCUCCACCCGUUAUUCGUUAUGCGUCGACUUUCUUCCGUAGCGUUUUCUCAGGUGAUAAUAUUUCUUUGCGUGCGCGCGCACUGCACGCACGUACACGCUGCGUUCGAAGUUCCUGACUUCGAUUUUUACGACAACUAACGUAGUGUCUCGUGAUGACGAGUGCCAGGAAACCUGUUUGUACGUUCAUAAUUAAGUCUCUUCUUUUUUCAGGAAGAAAAGACAGUAUCGAAUAAAAAAAAGGGGAAUAGACCGAGUUCUUUUGCGGUGGCGUUAAUCCGAGUCCAAUAGUCUUAUCUUAUCCUGUCGGUCGAACGAAAGGUCGGUGCGACCGUCUCGAAUAGACGCAAUUAGCGUAAUUAAUGUUAUUGACUUGCGUCUCUCUCUCCCUGUCCCGCUAGAUUAGAUAGACGACGUAACCGAAUCGAUCGAUUUGCGAGACGUAACUCGUGCAACAAGAUGUGCAAAUGGCGACAGGUGUUCAAGAGCGUGACAUAAGAGUAUUCGUCCGCCGCCACUGCCGCCGGCGCCGUCGUAAUUUCGACAGUGCGGCACUCUAAACGACGGUAGCAAAAAUGAAAAAUGUAUAAGUACUUCUUUGGGAAUAAUAUGCGGCUCCGCCCCACCCCACCCCCGUCCCCCUCGCGUUUCCUCAUUUCUCCUCUUUUACCUGAAAAAUUCAGAUGUUCAUCUUUAUUCCCUCGCGAAGUAGUAAAAGGAGGAAUUCUCUUCUCACUUCAAGGAUAUCUGUGAAAUAUAUCGUGUUCAAUCACCUGGGGGGCGCGCGAAACGUCGAAUAUACAAAAUUCGUAGAAGGGACGACGAUAAAUUAUCGUUACCCAUUCCUCAACGGUGCCUUAACGACGACACGUUAGUUUAACGUGACUUCUCCGUCACGUGACGGACAAGUAUAACGAAGAUGAAGCGGUCGGUGAGACGAGGGCGACAAGGGACGGCGUAUACAUAUGGCAUUUGUUUUGGGGGUUUGGAGGGGGAAGAGGAAAUACUCUCUUUCGGCCGGAAAAUAUAUCGCGUUCGCGAGCAUGUGCUGAAUUCGAUCGAAUGGAAUUAUGUAAAGCGGCUGCUCGGUGUAUGAGUAAAAUUUAUUACCGCAAUAACAGUCGUGUGUACGAUACGUACUGCGGGGGAAUAAAUAAAAUGAAAUAGGAAAUCAUAUAUAUUUACGAGAAGAGCCGACGACUCUCCCCCCCCUCUCUCUCUCUCACACUCUCUCCCGACAUGUAAGUAUCCAGGAUUCCUCCGUACACAAAACGGCUUUCCUCGUGCGAAACGAAAAUCGAUAAUCGCGAAACAAUCAGCGAUCUCCAGCGAUGUGCGGUAGAAUGGCGAUCGGUUUUUCGAACGAAGGGAGAGAGGGGGAGGGGUAGCGGGGCGACUGUCAUAAAUUACAACUGUGUCAUUUCGCGAUCACAUUCUUCCGAUAACCAAUCCGAGUACCGUCUCUCUUUAGGCCUUAAUAACAAGACUCAGCCGGCACGAAAGCUUAUCGGCUUUGGCGACGAUAUACGCUCGACGGCGAAGGGAGUGCGUGUAAAAAGAUCGGGGACGAUUUUUCAGAAUUUGUCCCCUCGCCUUUAAGAAAGCUGCCGCGCCCGUCUCAAACGUCUGCCAUCGCGAUCCAUUAGCUGUGAGAUAAUAUUGUGCAAACACGUCGUGCGGACGCGAAAGACCGAUCGUCGUUAAUCGAGAUACAAUGGGGGCAUUGAAAACAAAUAAGCGGUGACUGCUUGCUAAUCGUCACGUGUCAGAAAUAAGGACUAAUCGUUGCUUCGGAAGAAUUUUCAGAGCAAUAUGUAUUUUUAAAACGAGUUUAAUUAUUCCCUCGGAGUAUUUAGAAAACUAAAAAUUGCUAUUAGUUUAGAUUUGUAUUCACAAAGGAAAUAAUUAUACAAGAUAAAUGCAUUAUUAUUUGUAUUCAUACGUUUAAUUACAAUUUCAAAAGAAAAAUGGUCAAAAUCGAAGAAAACGAUGUGCCCUCGUGACUCUUUCGAUUCUUUGGUCAAUCAUGAAUAAUUACUUAAGUUUAUGGCUGCAGCGGCCGUAAUUUAAGAGACUUAAGAGAUCUUACAAUAAAUUAAAUGAGAACGGAGAAUAAACUACCUCGGCUCGGACGUAUGAAAAAAAAUACUGAAGUCCGAAAGUGAUUUAAAAGAUUAAACAUAUAUGUCGAACUGUUAUCGCGUGCGCUUACAGUGAUACGAAAAUGAAGGUAUUAAAGUUUUUGUUAUAUAAGAAAAAUAUCAAUGUAACGUAAUAAUAAAGAAAGCUAUAAAACGGAGAAGAAGCUCGCGAGAAAGGAGCACGAUCUAA